UUCGCCCAUUUUUUCACAAUCCUUUAUGUCAUCUGACCCGGAAUGCAAAUUAUUGUAGCUAGAAAGUUAUUUUGUGGUAUGUUUCAAAGCCCUUGAUUGUGCCUAAAAAAGCCAUCAUCGGAGAGGCGACUGAAUUUUCCUCAUUCACAUUAUGUUUUGGAGCUGUGCGCUGAUUGGCUCAGCUGUUGCUAGAGAACACACUCAUUCACGACUCGCGCAGCUUCGCAGAGCUAGGAAGUUAACGCUAGUUGUUACGCCAACUGAAACAAUAAAACAGGCGACGCUAUUUUGUAAUAAAAAAGAAUGGCAGGAAUCCAACCUUAUGCAUUUGAACCGGAGACCGAGACCGAGUCGGAGGAGGAGAUCUCUGAAGAGGAAGCCGGGGGUCGGAGAAAAAUGGAUGUAUCAGAAUGGUGUACAUGUGGGCAUUGCUGCACUAUGGAGACGGAGGCAGAAAACAUUUGUUGCAGAGAGGUGACCGUGGUACUAAAUAGAAUGCAACAGCUGGAGUCACCAGUCCACUGCAUGACAGACCACCCUGGCCUUCAUCCAGUGUGUUUGAGCAUUUAUGCUUUACAAAAUGCCCUCAACUUGUACCAACGGGAUUUCGGGGACAUACCAAUUAGAGGUUAUGGGAACCGUUGUAGAUUCCUGGCGUAUCGUUUUUUUGUUAGCUGGUGCUGGGGGUAUCUGGGCCGGACAGUUCGAGUAGUGAUCCCCUCCUGUGUCGUCCAGCGUGUCCGGCGAGAGUUCCCUGAUGGGACGGGGGGC